GAAAGACUAAGCAACCAACCAGAAAUAAAAUUCAGCCCAAUUAUGAUAUCGGCCCAAUUCACUUUCCCCAAUUACAUACAGCCCUAUAUCCACUAUAAAUGCUCAAAACCCUAGAAAAUAUCCUCAUCGUCUCCUCACAGAACUUCAGACACCAGUAGUAGGAGAGCCCUGCGCCGCUGCAUCGCCACAAGAAGCCAUGGCUGUUCCUUUGCUAGACAAGAAGGUUGUGAAGAAGCGUGUCACGAAGUUUAAGAGGCACCACAGUGACAGAUAUGCCUGUCUGAAGACCAACUGGCGCAGGCCCAAGGGUAUUGAUUCCCGAGUCAGAAGAAAGUUCAAGGGAGUCACCUUGAUGCCAAAUAUCGGUUAUGGAUCGGACAAGAAGACCCGCCACUACCUUCCCAACGGCUUCAAGAAGUUCCUUGUCCACAACGUGAAGGAGCUGGAAGUGCUCAUGAUGCACAACAGGAAAUACUGUGCUGAGAUUGCACACAAUGUCUCUACCAGGAAAAGGAAGGAGAUCGUUGAGCGGGCAGCUCAGUUGGAUAUCGUCGUGACCAACAAAUUGGCUAGGCUGCGUAGCCAGGAAGACGAGUAAGCUGUUGCACAGCUCCUGUUUUGUUUUCUGUUGGAAUGUUUUACUUGAUAGUAUUCAGACUAUUGAAUGGAGACUCAAGUUGCUCAAUUUUGUUUGGAUUUUAAUAGUGUUGGAGUCAGAUGUGUUCAUCAUGCUACUUCUAUUAAACAUGCAGUAAUCUUUUUCAGGCUUUAAA